CCCGGGACAGCAGCCACCGCCCGACAAAGGCACGCGCUACAGAGGGCGGAUGGUGGUCUGUUGCCAUGGAAACGCUCGCCCGGGACCAGGCCCUGGCACCGAGUCCCGCACCCCUCGUCACAGUGAUACAGAAUCUGCGGGAUGGGGAGCAGACGCUCGUCUUUGCACCCUUGUCUCGGGGUGAUUCCAUCUGGACAAUGUAACUCACAAGCCACCUUUAAGAAAAUUAGCAUGAAAAACAAGCACUUAAAAGAUAGUAAUGUAUAAACAGAAGACCAUGAUUUUAAAUGAUUUUAAGUAAUUUAUUGAUCUAUUUAAGUAGAUAUCUAUUUCUUUUAAGAUUUGCUUGCAACAUUACUAUCGGUUUAAUUGUGGAUGGGGGUGUCCGGGUGACCCCCCCAUGCGAUGCCCCCCGGCAGCCACCUGAACCAUGGCCGCGCGAGACCCCUCCCCCUUUCUGUUUGGCUUCGACCUGGGCGGGCACUUUGUUGACCCGCGGCCGCUGGGAUACGGCGCCACGGGCCUGGUGGUGUCGGCGGUGGAGCGGCGCAGCGGGCGGCGCGUGGCGGUGAAGCGGCUGGCCAUGCGCGACGCGCUGAGCGUCAAGCGCGCGCUCCGCGAGGUGAAGAUCACGCGCCGGCUGCGGCACGAGAACGUGGUGCGCGUUCACGAGGUGCUGGGCCCCGGCGGGCGCCCACUGCCACCCGACCCCGCCCGCCUGCCCGCGCUCUACGUGGUGCAGGAGUGCAUGGAGACAGACCUGGCGCGGCUGCUGGAGCGGGGCCCGCUGCCCGCCGGACACGCCACGCUGCUCUUCUACCAGCUGCUGCGCGGCCUCAAGUUCAUCCACUCCGCCAACGUGCUGCACCGCGACCUCAAGCCCGCCAACAUCUUCAUCAACACCGAGCAGCUGCUGCUGAAGAUCGGGGACUUCGGCCUGGCCCGCAUCGUCGACCCUCACUACUCGCACAAGGGGUACCUGUCGGAGGGCCUGGUGACCAAGUGGUACCGUUCACCCCGCCUUCUGCUCUCCCCGAACAACUACACUAAGGCCAUAGACAUGUGGGCGGCCGGCUGCAUCCUGGCUGAGAUGCUGACAGGGCGCAUGCUUUUCGCAGGGGCCCACGAGCUGGAGCAGAUGCAGCUGAUCCUGGAUACGGUGCCGGUGCUGAGGGAGGAGGACCGGCAGGAGCUGCUGCAGGUCAUGCCCUCGUACGUCAGCCAGGGCUGGGAGGUCAGGAGGUCGCUGAGGGAGCUGCUGCCAGAGGUGGAGCCAGAGGCCAUUGACUUCCUGGAGCAGAUCCUGACCUUUAACCCAAUGGACCGGCUGACAGCGGAGGCGGCCCUUUCCCAUCGGUUUCUUCGUCAGUACUCCUGCCCCCAGGACGAGCCCACGUCGCUGAACCCCUUCCACAUCGAGGAUGAGCUGGACGACAGCCUGAUCACCGAGCACUGCCACGACCACACUCCUCAGUGGGGCAGCUAUGAGAGCCACACCCCUCAGUGGGACAGGUAUGACACCAGCCUGUCAUCGGACCUGUGCUGGCAGCAGCAGAGUGAAUGCAGGUGUGUGCCGGGCGUUUCCAACGGGGGGGAGGCGGAGGCGGAGGAGGAGGUGCAGAGGGACCCCCGCGCCGGCUCCACCCCGCUGCUGGAGGAGGUGCAGGUGGACCCCCGCAAGUACUCCCACAGCAGCUCGGCGGAGCGCUUCCUGGAGCACUCGCACUCGUCGCUGGACCGCGCCUGCGCCCCCUACUCCGACCUGGACUGCGGCCAUUCCUGCGACUACAAGGUGGGGUCCCCCUCCUACCUGGACAAGAUCGCGUGGCGGGAGGGCAAGCCCCAGCACUACUCGGAGCCCCAGCUCAUCCUGGACCUGUCCCACUGGAAGCGCAACAGCCUCCCGGGCCUCACGGAGGCCGGCGCGGAGGAGCUGCCCGCCGAGGCACCGGGCGACCUGUUCCUGGAGAUCUCGCGGUGGGUGGAGAGCACACAGUCCCGCCUCCACUCCCCCAGCCCACCUCCGGAGCCCCUCCCCUCCCCCAGGUCACCCCCGCUGCCACUCUCUCCCACCGCGUUUCCGGGGGCCCUCUCUCUCAGCCCUACCCGUGUGCUGCUGCCCGCCCCAGAGCUGAUGGAUGCAGAGAGCAGGACCAGCCCCCCGCCCUCUUCCUCUUCCCCUCCUUCUCUUUUGCCCUCCUCCCCUUCCUCUCCCCCACCGCCACUCUCUCCUUCGGGCCCCGCCUCCUCCACAUGUUUCCUCACUAACCCCGCCCCCUCAGAUGUGGUCCCGCCCAGAGAGGCGGAGUCUCAGUUUGACCUUGACGUGUUCAUUUCGCGCGCCCUCAAGCUGUGCGGCCAGAAGGAGGAGCUGGGCUGCACUGUGGACGGGGCCAGGCUGACCGAUAUCAACGGUAUCCCCAGACUCCCCGACCGCUGCCCUCCCCCGACUCCUAACCCUGCCCCCGAGAUGGUCAAGGCCCAGGGCUGCCACAAAGAGCACUGGUAGGAUGGGCCUGGAACCAGGACGCUGGCUUUUUCAAGAGAUGCGGCUCCAGUCCGUGCUGUAAUGCUUGGGACUGGACACAGUGAAACAGUGUGGGCUGCGACCCGCUGCCGUGGAUUUCAGCUGGCCGGCUCAGACAUCAGCUUGAGCACAAAAGAUGUGCCCUCCGCUAGGGCUGGCGCUGCUGACAUGGGUGGUUUGUCACAAAGAAGCAUUUGUCACCAUAGCUGCAGUCCUCACUCCAUUAAAGAAUGUUGUGUCUGAAUGCAUAACAGUGCAAGUGUUUGAGGAAAGAGAGUGUUUGUGUAUAAGGGAUACAUCACAUCACAAUUUCAAAUAAGAGCUUAUCCUUCAGGAAUAAACCUCAGACCAAAUAGCUCUGAACGUACAUAUAUAAAACUGUAUACAUAAAUUACUUUACUAACUUGCCCAGUAUCUGGUUGAUCCAUCUUCCUGCUGGUUCCUUAAUGAGUACGCUUCCAUAACUGGGCAGGCUUGAGGUAUGAGAGGAUGUCGUACUGUCAUGUAACGAUUCUGUGAGACUCAUAACAUCUAUUUAACAAAAAACUGGUAUUCUUCAGAUUUCAAUUUAUUACUGACCUGUUGAAGAUGCAAAAGAAAACAAAUGCUUCCUCACUUUAUUGGAUGCUUUGUAGUAUUUCACAAACGUCCUUCAUUUUAUUAUGCUAUAUAUGUGGGAAACAUUUUUUCUAGGUACUCCCCAGCAAUCGAAUUGAGAAUUGAGAUUCAUCUCAAAUUCCAGGUACUUUGGCCCAAAAUAACAGCUCUAGGUUCAUGGUGCUCAACCCUAACCCUGACACCAUCCGUGUUUCUGCUUUGGAGCAGAACAUGUCCUCACUUGGUCUCAAGCGAUGCUACCGGGGAUGGACUAAGUGUUUCUGAUGGACAGAUGGACUGCCACACAUAGAAUGUCUGAACCUCAUGUUUUGAGAAGUGGGUCUCACAGUUGAGUUUUAGGAAGUUGUGUCUUGACUACUUGCUUGAUUACUUGGCUCUGUUAUAUUAAUGCUGUUGAUAUUUUUUAGCGUUUCGGUUAUUGCUGAA